AUGGAGUCUGCUGGGAACGAAACGAAGAAGAAGAAGUUGCUGCUCGGAGGUCUUCUUCUUCUUUGGUGGUCGCUGCUGGUCAAAGUGGCGUCGGGAGCUUCCUUCUAUGGUGAUGGCUUCAUCCAGCUCAAGGCCACGGAGUCGUCGGACCAUAACGUGCUCCGCGUUCGCUUUCGAACCUCCAGCACCAACGGCCUGCUGUUUCUCGCUGCUGGCCAGACCAACUAUUUCCUACUGGAGCUUCACGCUGGUCGCCUGCAGGUUAAACUGGACCUUGGAUCAGGAGAGCAAGUGCUAGAAUCAGACCGAGGCAUCCAGCUCAACGAUUUGGCUUGGCAUUCUAUAGAAGUCCACCAUGUGCGGUCAAAUGUCACUCUGACUGUUGACAAAAACUCACACACAAGCAUAGAAAUGCCAGGUCCUUAUCACAAUCUCAACAUUAUUGAUGGUCUUUAUAUUGGAAAUUCAGGGGGGUUAGAUAAAAUGUAUCUACCUAGGGAUUUAAUUGGCUUUCGAGGCUGCAUGGACGAAGUGGUCUUCAAUGAGCACGACUUGCUGUCAUCACUGAGACCAUAUACUGGAUACAAAUAUGUCUAUGAAGUGUCUUUAGGCUGUAGUCCCCAGUUCUUUGCUGGAGAGGAAGAUCCUGUCAGUUUCUUCAGUUCUAGGGCUUAUGUUUCUCUUCCAACUUGGAGUACUCAUCAAGAAGCUAUAUUUCAGUGUGUUGUGCACACUUCAGCCGAAGAGGGAAUUAUUCUCUACAGUUCAGCCAGGGAAGGGGGCUUUGUUGCGCUGGAGAUCCAGGAAGGUUUGCCUGUGGCCAUUGUUGGGAAAGGUGGAGUCAAAACCGAGUUACGUUCACAAACAUUCAUUAAUGACAGACAAUGGCAUUCUGUCAAGUUGCGUUUUACUUCCAAAAGUCUUGACUUAACAGUUGAUGGAGAAAUAGUAAAAAGCAGCAUUAGCUCCCAUUUAAAGAGGAUUCAUCUCAAAGGUUCUCUUUUUGUUGGAGGUAUUGAUGAUGGCACCAGAUCAGAAGUCAGAAAGGUAGGGCUCGUCUCUGUAUCAGGCAGACGUGUCAGAGGAGGUUCCUUUAAAGGAUGUUUAAAGGAUAUUCAAGUAAAUAGAGUUAAGAUGGGUCUCUCCAAUGUAUUAGUCACCAAAGAUAUCUCAGUUGGUUGUGAACCAGAGAAACCACCAGAGCCAUCAGCCUCUGUGAAUCCCACAAGUACACAGAAACCCCUUUUUCAUUUGGUAACACCAACACCAUCCCUUCAUAUGUCCACACUUGCAGUUGGCUUGGACCGAAGAUACGGCACAAAUUUUGUGCAGCUUAGAAACCUUGUGGUCCAGGAGGGUGGUCGAGCAUCCCUUGAGGCCAAACACAUUAAGGUUUUCUUGGACUUUAGGAAACUUGGCAUUCGACAGUCUCAAAUCAUGUUCAGAAUUCAAGAGCAACCAAUCAGAGGUCAGAUAAGGCUCGAUGUUGAUCAGGACCAAGAGGAGAACACCUUCAGCAUGCUGGAUCUUUGGCAUGGGAGAGUGAUGUACGUCCAUGGAGGCUCAGAGGAACCAGAUGACUUCUUCGUGUUUUCUAUUUUUUGUAGUAGUAGAAAGCAAGUUCCUGAUUAUCUGAAGGACAACAAAUUAUACAAUUACAAUAUAACUGUGACACCCACCAAUGAUGCACCUGAACUGAGUCUUCCUGAAGGAAAUCUCUUUGUCCUGUUGGAGAACACUAAGAAACUUCUCACCCCAGAUGUUCUGAAAGCCACAGAUAUAGACAGCAACUUCACCGAUCUUGUCUUCUCUGUGCUUGGAAAUCUGAAUGCAGAUGCUGGCUAUUUGGAAAUAGAGAGCAACCCUGGCAAUGCGGUGACCUCAUUCGCAUAUACAGACUUGGAUGAAUUAAGGGUGUUCUAUGUUCACACAGGGGUGAGAAACUCAAGGAUAGUUCUCAGGGUUCGUGAUGGGGAAAAGGUCAGCAACACUGUGGUUUUAAGAGUCAUGGCUGUAGCACUGCAAUAUACCAUUGCUAACAACACUGGGCUUGAGAUCAUUCAAGGAGAGACGGCUAUAAUUGGUUCAAAGCAAUUGGCAGUGCAAACCAAUGCUUUGAAACAAGUUGUAGAAAUCCGAUACGAUAUUAUUGAACCCCCACAGUUUGGAGAACUCCAGAGACUUCACUCAAGUGGGGAAUGGAGGCGCACUGAAUCAUUUUCACAAAGACUUUUGGAAAAAGAGCGUUUUAGAUAUGUUAACACCUUUCAAGACAUCCAAACUUCCAAUGUCACCGAUUAUUUCAAGUGCAAAGUUAACAUAGCUGCAAGAGCAAAUACUGAAAUAGUUUUCCCAAUUACUGUUAGCUGGAUAAAGUACCAACUGGUGAAGAAUGUUAUGAUGAACAUGGAUAAAGUUAGGAAAGUGGCACUAAGCUCUGAGUGCCUUUAUGCCAGAGCUGAAGGUGUGGCCCUCUCCGAUGAUGACCUGUAUUUUCGGGUUCUCACUACACCAAAAAAGGGGAAGCUCCUGCUGAAUACAGCAGUGUUAACAAAGAACUCAACCUUCAGCCAGAAAGAUUUGACAGAUAAAAAGGUCCUCUAUGAACUUACUGAUAGACCUCAUGAAGACACGACUGACAGGUUCAAAUUUCAGCUGGUUUCUAAACAUGCUCAGUCCGAAAAUUAUGAUUUUCAGUUUUCCAUCAAAGCUGAUGUCAACACUGUGUUUGUGAAAAAUCAAGGACUCUCACUUCAAGAGGGAGAAAGUAAACUCAUCACUAAAGACGAGCUGUUUGCAGAGUGUUUGAAUACAAAGGACAUGUUCUACACAGUCAUAAGGAGUCCCAAACAUGGAAAGCUAGCCCGCAUUAGUCAGUCAAACUCCAAUGCUAGCUAUGACAACAUCUUCACCUUUAGUAAUCAGGAUAUAUUGCAGGAGCGGUUAAUGUAUAUCCAUGACGACAGUGAAACAACUCAAGAUGAAUUUACUUUCAUCGCCUCUACCAGCCAAGGAUUCAAGUCUUCCAUUGAGGAAGAUGAAAUUGGCUCCAAAGAAGGAACAUUUAACAUAUCUAUUCAGCUACUGAAUGACCAAAAGCCGAUACGCAUCAUUGAUAAAGUUUUCCAUGUAGUAAGGGAUGGACAGAAGUUGCUCACUACGGAAGAUUUGCGCUACCAUGAUGCCGACUCGGACUUUGAUGAUGGCCAGCUAAUCUACACUCGACGUGGAAUCCCAAUGGGAGACCUCGUGCUAGUCAAUGACACCACUCAUCGGCUGUUCCAGUUUCAACAGAAGGAUUUGGAGGAAAGGCGGGUGCUGUUCAUUCACAAAGGUGUGAGCACUGGCAGAUUUGUGCUGUUCGUCUCAGAUGGAAAACAUUUCGUAUCGAGCCUUUUGGACGUCAGUGCUCAUGAUCCUUUCUUGAAGGUCGUUAAUAACACGGGCCUGUUGGUUCAAAAAGGACAAGCAGUGACUUUUUCCACCAGCAAUUUCAGUGUUGUAUCAAAUUUGGACAUAAGAGACGACAAAGAGGUUGUUUUCAAUUUGGAUGAGGCUCCCAGGUAUGGAGCUCUUUAUCUGAAUAAAACAACCGUGGGGUCAUUCACACAGUCUGACCUGAAGAACGGACGGAUCGCCUAUCGACACAAUGACAGCAAACAUCUGACAGACUUUUUUAACCUGACAGUGAAAGCUAAAGGUCUUCAGCUGGCACAAAGAGUCAGUGUGAAGGUUUAUCUGGAAAGUCAUCAGAGACCACCCAUUGUGCAACAUCUAGAGCUUUUACUGGUAGAAGAGGGAAAACCACUGAAGAUUGAUGAAACUAAACUGGAGGUCACACAUGAAGACAACCUGCCGUCUGAGAUUGCGUUUGCAGUCAGGGCAGCCCCAUCUCACGGCUUUCUCAGGCGUUUUGUAGAAGCCGAGGAGCGCUACAUCGGAACCAAACAGCUGCCUGUCAAGACAUUUACCCAGGACGACAUUAACAGCGGGAACAUCCAGUAUGUGCAGGUGGAGCCGAACAAAGUGAACGACACCUUUGUUCUCGACGCCACCAAUGGGGUCACUGACGUUCACAAUAUUAGGGUGUCUGUUGACAUCAUCCCUCUCCAUAUCCCACUUCACGUCACUAAUUUCACUCUGACUGAGGGUGCCACAAAGGCACUGACCCAGGAUGUGCUCAAAGUCACCAAUCGUCACUUUUCUGGGAUUAAUUUCCUCUAUAUUUUGACUGAACCGCCACAUCAUGGUCACAUAGAGCACUCUCAAUACCCUGGUGUGCCCAUAACAACUUUCACCAGGAGACAGGUGGAACAUGAAUUCCUUUACUACGUCCACGACGGCAGCGAAACCCAAGCUGACAAUUUCACUGUGGUGGCCAACGACACAGGCCUGAGAAAGCAAAGUGAAGCCCGGACAGUUUACAUCGAGGUUACUGCUGUCAAUGAUGAGCCUCCUGUUAUUACAACCAACAGGGUCCUCAGGGUUUGGGUGUCAUCAGUUACAGAAAUCAGAUCAGAGGAUCUGAGAGCGCAGGACCUGGAUUCGCCCCCAGAGGAAAUCCACUUCAUGGUGACCCCUCCCAGCAAUGGACAUCUGGCCCUCAAGAGUAACCCCAUGAAGGCUGUGCUGAACUUCACCCAGGCCCACAUAGACCAGGGUCAGCUGCUGUUCGUUCACAAAGGUGCGAUGUCUGGAGGAUUCAACUUCCAAGUCAAUGACGGUGUUAAUUUCACUCCCAGACAGAUUUUUAGCAUCACCGCCAAAGCUUUAGUUCUGAGUUUGGAGAAAAACGGUCCACUCAAGGUUUUUCCAGGUUCUUCUCGACCGCUCACAAAUGAGGAUUUACAAGCUGGGACCAAUGACAUCAGCAACACCUCAAACCGAGUUAUUACAUUCAGCGUGACCCAGCGUCCUAAGCUGGGGCGUCUGGUGAGGAGGCAGUCUGAUAAUACAACAGAGGACAUCUCCGUUUUCACACAAGAGAUGGUGGACAGAAAGGAAGUUGUUUACAUCCAAACUCCCAUUGAAAAUGUAGGCUGGGAAGCCAUGGACUCAAUGACCUUUUCUGUAUCGUCACCUCCUGCUUCUAUAGAAAGUCAGACCUUCAAAAUUGACAUCUCCUAUGAAAAUGCAGGAUCUGAACGCAACACCGUCCUCCUUGCAAACACAGGUGCUGAGGUGACAGAAGGCAUGAGUGUUGUCAUUGAUGAGUACAAGCUGGAUGCCUCAAACUUAAUGUCAAAGUUGCCAACACCACAGCGGAGCUCCCACGAGGUCUGGUUUCAGGUGACGUCACUUCCUCAACACGGUGUCAUCGUAGUAGGUGAGAGAAAUCUCACCAAAGAGAAACCCAACUUCUCUCAGUUCAUCGUCAGUAAAUAUGGUAUCACCUACAAGCACGACAACUCCGAGACAACUCGUGAUUCUUUUGUGUUCAGCACUUGGCUUAAUCCUAAGGGUCAAACUGCACAACCCCCUCAAGAUGAGAAGGACGUUGUUGUGGAACAUUUUAACAUCACAGUCACGCCUGUAAAUGAUCAGCCACCUCUGCUAAGAAAUAAAACUCCAAGUCUGAAAGUGGUACAAGGGGAUAAAGUAACACUCGGACCUGAAAAUCUCAAAGUUGAAGACUUGGACAAUCCUCCAGAGGAUAUUAAGUUUUCUGUGAUUAGCAAACCAAACAAUGGUUAUCUAGCACUUGUAGGAUGUUUGAAUGAGUCCAUAGUGGCCUUUACUCAAGCCCAGAUCAACAACAGAAGUGUUUACUUUGUUCAUGAUGGCAGCUCUGUCUCAGGGGUGUUUUACUUCAGUGUUACGGAUGGACAUCACAAACCGAUAUAUAAACUGUUUAACAUAGAAGUGACAGAGAUCACCAUAAAUCUGAUCAACUACACUGAAGUAUUGCUGCAACAAGGCAAAACCUCAGUAGCUCUGACCCAGGACAACCUUGCUGCUGAGACCAACGGAAAAGAUGUCACCAUUUACUACAAAGUUACAAGACCUCCAAAUUUUGGGAAACUUCUGAUGGAAAACCAAGAAGUUGCACUAUUUCAACAAGAAGACUUGGAAGCUGGAAGGUUGUUCUACCAUAUGACCGUUCUUUCCUCCUUUGAGGACAACUUUGAGUUCACCGCCUUCACUUCGGAGGCAAAUCUUACUGGCCAAGUGCUCAACAUAACCGUCUUACCUUUGAUCCAGGUUGGCAAAGGUUUGAGAAUUCCCAAUGGGGUUAGUGUCAAACUCAACUCUAGCUUUUUUAAUGUCUCUGAAUUGGCUCGUUUGAGUGACAGUGACCCUGUCUUUGAAAUUAUAUGCCAUCCUAAGCAUGGGAAAGUUGUUCAGAUGAAACAUAAAAUCACCAAGAAAGUUCUACCAGUUGAGUCUUUCACAUUUCAGGAAAUGAUCCAGGAGAAGAUAGCACUGGAGCUGAACGUCAACAUGACUGGUGUUGAGGAGCUGAAUGACUCGCUGGUAUUUGUACUGAAAGCUGAUAACAUCCAACCUGCUAAAGGGGAAUUCCACUUUACAAUUGUGCCAUAUGAUCCAGCACUUUUUCCAACCACAGAAAGUCCAGGCCCAACCACAUCACCCAUUCCUUUGACGCCAAUCAAGUCUUCUAGAAAUGGAAACGCUUCCCCCGUACCUGCUACAGUUCUCCUCUCCACCCAACAGCCAAUCAAAAACCAGCACAAAUUCAGGGGGCGCAACCGCUGGGGGAACUCGAACAGGACCAACUUCUUUGGCACGACUCUUGGCAAACCAUCUCAAACGGAGGACUUGCCGUUUCUAAACACGCCAGUUCGAGUAGAGUCCUACCCUCAAAAAACCUCCAAUCCGCUCCUGAUCAUCUUGCCACUGCUGGCCCUUCUGCUGCUCAUAAUCAUCUUUGUGGUCCUGGUUGUCUAUUUUCGACACCACAGACAACGGAAGCAGAGUAGUGCUUCACCACAGGAGCUUCCGUCCGCCGGUUCCUCAAACGGUCCAUAUUACAAUGGCCAAACCCAGAGGAGCACAACAGUUCCCACGGUUACUGUCACCCCUUUGAACCCCACCGGCCCUGGUAGCCCUGUUCUGGAUAGGUUGUUUACACAGAAUCAGGAUUCACUUUAUGACACAAUUGAUUCAAAGGUACUUAUAAGUUCUUGGAGUGAUGGUUCCUCAGUAGCGUGUUCUCAGGUUAUUAGAACCACUACUCCUACUCUGCAGAAGAAUCAGUACUGGGUGUGA